GACCUCAUUGACAAAAAAAAAUAAGAAUAUAAAAAAUGGCUAACACCCCAAAAACCCUAAUCGCAUUUGUUUUCAGCGUUAUUGUCAUCAUAUCUUAUGUUCAUUGUCAUACAACAAUUGCAAGUGCCCCAAGCAGUGGUGAACCAACAACAUACGCAACAGGUCCUGCACUUUCGAAGCACUCGCACGACAACGAUGGGAUUUGCUUCGUAACACCAGCGUGUUUUGCCCCAGGCCAAUAUGAAAUAGGUUGCAUUGUGUAUUGUCACGAAUCCCAUUAUAAACAUUACAAAUGUGUUAAUAGAUCAUGUUGUUGUUAUAAUACAGAUAAGAAUGCGUCCGAGCUGAAAUAAUCCAACGAAAAUGUAAAUGUAUCUACUUGAAAAAAUAAUCAACAGUUUUCCUAUGUUCUCA